CCGUGAGGAAAUGGCGUCCAGUAUACUGGCAAAAGGGGAUCAGCACUCAACAUAUUCCAUCAACCAGUAACACUUCUGAUAUGCCAAUAACGUUGGAAAAUCCUUACAAAGAACCCCCCAAGAAAUGCAUUCUGUGUGGUGUUUCAGUGGACUACAAGAACGUACAGCUUUUGUCCCAGUUUAUAUCUCCAUAUACGGGUCGUAUCUUUGGGAGACACAUAACAGGUUUGUGUGGAAAGAAACAAAAACACAUUUCCAAGACCAUCAAAAAAGCCCAGCAAAUGGGAUUUAUGUCAGUCACGUUUAAAGAUCCUGCUUUCCUAAAAGAUCCAAAUAUUUGUGAUGUCAAACUUCGAGAAUGAUCCUCAACUUCAGUGACUAUUUAUGGUGCAGUGCUCUGAAGAUUUUCAUUUAUAUUUC